AGCAGGGAGUGUGGUAAAUAAGGAGUGAAUGGGCAACGACGCCGCCCUCAAGACCUCUCUCCUGUGGCUGGCGGCCAUCAUCGUGGUGGUUGGCCUCUCCACCCACUCUCCUCGCAAGAUGCUCGUCACCUACAUUGUCGGAGUGCUCGCCAUUGCCGGCGUCCUCCUACCCGAUUGGGACUACUUCAAUCGUCAUUUCUCUCGCUGGCCUUACCCCGUCACCGCCGACGAAAGAGCCUCUCUUCCCCACCAUGGAUCCGCCUUCCUCAGGUUUGCCAGUUCUCCCCUCAGGGUGAUCGCUUAUAGCGCCAUUUAUGGAUAUGCUAUCUACAAAUGGUGGGAUUAUGUUUCCGACGACUCGUAACUCCGGAUUCCCUCUCCCCCGCGCCGGCAACGGCAUCCACUGGCCGUACGUUUUAGAUUAUGUGUUGAUUUGUUCAUCUUAGUAUAUUGAAGGGUAAGAAUGACCAUAUAUCUUUGAUCCGUGUCGAUGCACGACUAGGAGCAUGGACUGCUCAAAAUUUAAUACACCCCAACUGCCUGCCUCCUCUGCGCGUUCUGUAAUGCAAAUGCCUUCUAGAAUAUUCGCCCAAUCGAUUGCAUUCUCUUACCAGUCACUACCUCUCGGCUCACGGCGGAGGCAAUUUCAAGAGCCCAUGUACAAUGAGGGAAUUGGCUUCAAAGGGUCUAAAUCUAUUCCUUCAGCUGUUUCUGUUUGUCCUUUCCCUUUCUACAUCAUCACUGCAAAGUAUUAUAAUCAUGAAACUCAAUAAACUACUGCUUCUAUUUCUAUAAAUUAAAUAAAUUAAAAAAUUAAUUAA